AUGCGUCCCCCACGCGUUUUUGUUCUCAUACUCUUUAUCGCAGUGUCUCUCCUCGUCUUUUGCCGCGCUAUAUCCUCCUCGCUUCGCUCCGCCUACGCCGAUUACCCCGCUGGUAACUUCAGGUCAAGAGCAAAGACCAACUCCAAGUCUGCGCAUUCUGGUCGUGGCGAUGGAAAGUCAACAAAUGCCGUCUGGGGCUCCAUGUACUACAACACACCUUUUUCGCUAUUCCCGCCAAACGCCGCCAUCAGCUUGACCGACGACAACAGCACUUCCUUUGCCGCCCGCCCCGCCGCUUUUGGUCCCAAACUCGCCGUCCGCGGUCUAAGUGGCCAACUGUGGGUGGGCAGUGGUUUCGCAGAAGACGCUCUCAUACACGGCACGGGCGAAUUGGGCUGCAGCGACACCCCAGGAUGGAACGAGAGGGCUGAGGCGAUUGCCUUGCAUAAGGCUUUGAGGGCUGCUAUCCCUUCUGUUGCGAGUUCCAAGUCCGACUCUAAUGCGCACGCCAAGCGAAGCCGAGUUAUCAUCCCCAACGCCGGCAGCGGUCACACCACCUCGAGCCAUGUUUCUGCGACGCACCACCACGCUGAAAUCGACGGCAAGGUCGCACUCCUCAUGCGGGGUGGUUGCGGUUUUCUCGACAAGGUCAUGUGGGCUCAGCGACGAGGUGCUCUCGCUGUUAUUGUUGGUGAUAAUCAGAAAGGCGGUCCUCUUAUUCAGAUGUUCGCACAUGGUCCAGAAGUUGACAAUGUCACCAUCCCUUCUGUUUUCACAGCCCGUACUACCGCGCAGCUGCUGUCUGCACUGACACAGCCCGGCAGCUUUAUUGAAGAUACAUUAGACAAUCAGGGCAAUCCUGUUCUUAGAGUUCAACGAGGUUCCAAGUCGAAGAAGCAUCGCAAACAAGGAGUAAAAUCCACCGUUACUGCCUCGACCCACGAUAGACGAUCUCUCGAAAACACCAACAUUAAAAAGCGCACCACCAAGCCUGCCUCAAGAAAGCUAAAGACAGCUCUCAAACCCUCGAGGCAGACAGUCACCAGAAAGAACAAAGUUGUUAGAGAACCACCCAAGAAGGUCCGCAGUCCUAUGCUUUCUGAAGAUAACUAUGAUGAUUGGAAGCAUGCAGGUGGUUCCAGAAAGGUCAAGCCCGUUCUCCCACCCAAGGCUUCUCUUAUUCGUCAUAGCACAGGCAACGACAACUCCAUGCCUGAUGAGGAAGAGCUCCUCCUGGAGAUUUUGACUGAGGACGAGGAAAAUGCGAUGGACUCUCCUCUGGGUCACGAAAGGCUCGAUGGAACUGACGAAGCCGACGAUGACGUACACGAAGGACUUUGGGUCACCAUCACACCUACGAGUAAUGCUAGCCCAUUUUUCGAUACGCUGCUUGUACUGGUCAUCAGCCCACUUGUCACUCUGACUGUGGUGUACGCCCUUCUUAUUCUCCGUGCCCGUAUCCGCAGACGGCGUUGGAGAGCUCCAAAGUCGGUUGUCGAGCGUCUUCCUGUCCGUACCUUUCAUACAGUGGCCCCUUCACCAGUUCCAUCACCGAGAACUCCUUCGCCAGCUGCGCCAACACCAACCACUCCUUUGCUCCAGGAAUCUCCUGCCCGACCGCGUCCCCGAUCGAGAGGCUCAUCGGGUUCGCCUGACGACGAAACGCGACCUGCGCCUAGUGAUGCUAUUCCCACGCCUCCAAGCGCAACUAGGAAUAAUGCUAGAUCAGAGCGCGAGAAAGGUUCUGGUGGGUUCUCUGCUGAAUGGAAGAAGUAUAUGGGACGUCAGGUCGAAUGUGUGGUGUGUCUUGAAGAAUACGUCGACGGUGUCAGUCAAGUGAUGAGCCUACCAUGUGGUCAUGAGUUCCACGUUGAGUGCAUUACUCCUUGGUUGACCACUCGCCGACGAACUUGCCCCAUUUGUAAAGGCGAUGUUGUCCGAUCUCUUGCCCAUGGCUCUUCAUCUGAGCCGCAUUACGAACCAUAUCGCGACGAUGCUAGUGACGACGAGGACGAUGAUGACGAGGAAACUGUCGCCGAGGGCUCCGGAUCCCGCUCCGAAGAACCGGAACUUGAUCUUGAACAAGGACUGCUUUCGACCGAGCCUAGAUCCUCACGAUGGAGUCGACAAGACGGUUGGCUCAGUAUAUUCUCUAACAACCUUGGCAGGGCAGGCUCGCCCAGCUCAGAGGAUCGCAGCCGAUAA